AUGUGCAAAGCAGAGGACUUUGAGAGGUGUGAUUAUAGAUCAGAGGGGAAGAUGGGAUUUAAGUUCUUGGGUAGAGUUAAAAAAUUGAAGACUUCGAUAUUGAAGACGAACGCAUGGUUGUUUAUCAUUCGGGCGAUUGUUACAGCUUUGGUGUGGGCUUCUGCAGUUCAGCUGGUUGGAAUAUGGUUGAUAAGGGGGCCAAGUUUGUUCAAGGUUUGCCCUCCCUGCCCUCAAUUAGAGUUGCCUGCGCAUGCUGAAUUGGCUAAGCUUCCAAUCCCAAUUGCUCUCCCAUCAAAGAGGGUUUACAAGAAUAAUGGUUAUCUCAUGGUUUCUUGCAAUGGAGGAUUGAAUCAAAUGCGAGCCGCCAUCUGUGAUAUGGUUGCUAUUGCCAGAUACUUAAAUGUGACUCUUAUUGUUCCAGAGCUGGAUAAAAACUCUUUUUGGGCGGCAAGUGAGUUUCAAGACAUCUUUGAUGUUGAUCAUUUCAUUGCAUCCUUGAGAGAUGAAGUUCGGAUAUUAAAGGAACUGCCGCCACGGGUCAGGAAAAGAGCUGUAUACUCGUUGCCACCUAUUAGUUGGUCCAACAUUUCCUACUACUUUCAUCAGAUCCUACCUCUGGUGCAGAAGUAUAAAGUAGUACAUUUGAAUAAAACCGAUGCUCGGUUGGCUAAUAAUGGGCUCCCUCUUGAGGUUCAGAAGUUGCGCUGCCGAGUUAAUUUCCAUGCUCUGAGAUUCACUUCCCAGAUAGAGGAAAUUGGCAGAAAGCUUGUCAGAAUUUUGAGAGAAAAAGGCCCUUUUCUGGCCCUUCAUCUCAGAUAUGAAAUGGAUAUGUUGGCAUUCUCUGGCUGUAGUCAUGGUUGCAACAAUGAUGAGGAAGAAGAACUCACAAGAAUGAGAUAUGCUAACCCCUUGUGGAAGAUAAAAGACAUAAAUUCUGAAAUGAAAAGGCUAGAAGGUUUGUGCCCGCUAACACCAGAGGAAACUGCUCUAGUUUUGGUUGCACUUGGUAUUGAUCACAAUGUCCAAAUUUAUAUUGCUGCUGGAGAAAUAUAUGGUGGAAACAGAAGGAUGGAAAGUUUGAAAUCUGCUUUUCCUAACUUGGUCAGAAAAGAGACUCUGCUGGAGCCUUCGGACUUGAGGCUUUUCCCAAACCACUCUUCUCAGAGGGCAGCAUUGGACUAUCUUGUCUCCCUAGAGAGUGAUAUAUUUAUUCCUACAUACGAUGGAAAUAUGGCUAAAGUUGUUGAAGGCCAUCGGAGAUUCUUAGGUUUCAAAAAGACUGUUUUAUUGGACAGAAAACUUCUGAUUGGUUCAAUAGAACAAUUCAGUAGUGGAUCAUUGAGCUGGGAUGAGUUCUCUUCUAUUGUGAAGGAAGCUCAUGCUGAUCGGAUGGGGAGCCCGAAGAAACGAGUUUCUAUUGCAGAUAAACCAAAGGAAGAAGAUUAUUUCUACUCAAAUCCGCAUGAAUGUUUACAACUGUUAGAUGAGCCACUGAGAAGCAGAUGA